AUGCAGCCCAUGGACGGAGACAGCGAUAGCUUUGAAGAGAGGCUCAGGCAACGCGCAAAGACUAAACAAUCACACCCACUCGACACUGUGCCGACGGAUCCUGGUCUGCGACCCCGCGGGAAGAUCCCCAAUACACCACUAGCUGCAUCCACACUCGCAUUUCUACUUGGCAUUGUCUUUGCUCUUGGGUUCAUUACCUUUGCAUUUGGAGGCUUUGAUCGCUUCUGGUGGACAACUUACCAGCUUGGUUUCUAUCUCGCAGCAUGGGCAGCGUUCCAUUGGGGUGAAUUCGCUGUGACUGCUGGGUGGAACAGGGAUAAAUGUAGCAUAGACUCCUUCCUUCUAGAAAACGGAUCUCAGUAUCAUAUCGCACACAGCAUCGCGAUCGCCGAAUACCUACUGACACUACACUUCAAGCCGUCUGUCAAGAGCCAUCCCUAUGUGUCGCAAGUUGGGAUUGUCGUAGUGGUGGUGGGCCAAAUACUCAGGUCUUCUGCCAUGAUCCACGCCGCCCAGAGCUUCUCGCAUGUCAUUGCUAUGCGCAAAAUUAACACCCAUGUUCUGGUCACCGAUGGCAUAUACAGAUGGUUCCGUCACCCAUCGUAUGCUGGUUUCCUCUACUGGGCACUCGGGACACAACUCGUCUUGCAGAACCCGGUAUCCUUCCUUGGGUUCUUGGUCGUGCUAUGGAGAUUCUUCGCGCAGCGUAUACGUGCUGAGGAAGGCUACCUCAUUCGCUUCUUCGGCGACGACUACAUACAGUAUCGCAAGAGGGUUGGCACGAAGAUCCCAUUGAUACCCUGA